AUGACAACUACAAAAGGGAAAACAGGGUUAUUUCAGAAGAACAAGUCUUCCAACAAGUUUGAGGUUGCAAGAAUAGCGGGUGCGGAGCGACUCCUCAAGUUUCAGAACGACCACAGGGACUGCGCACUCUUCCAGGAUGUGCAGAAGCCAUCUCAAGAUGAGUGGGGUAAAACCCAGGAGGCCAUGGAAGCUGCCUUGGCCCUGGAGAAGAACCUAAACCAGGCCCCCUUGGAUCUUCAUUCCCUGGGUUCUGGUCGCACAGACUCUCAUCUCUGUGACUUCCUGGAGAGUCACUUCCUGGAUGAGGAGGUGAAGCUCAUCAAGAAGAUGGGCAACCACCUGACCAACAUCCAUAGGCUGGCUGGCCCCCCAGCCAAGGCAGACUAUCUCUUUCAGCGGCUCACUCUCAAGCAUGACUAG